AUGCCCGUGAAGCCACGAGCCCAGGACUCGGUGCAGGCGAUCGAGUGUGCAGGCGGUGCCACUGCGCCGGGGACCUUGGGCUGGAGGAGCCCGGGCGAGGAGGAACCGCGAGGUGGCUGGGGACGUCCUGGUGAGGCUCAGGGACAACAGGGACCUCCAGAAGUUCCUUCAGGAGUGCCGCGAGCUGACGUGCUGGGUGAACGAGAAGAUGCUGACGGCGCAGGACACGUCGUACGACGAGGCCAGGAACCUCCACUCCAAGUGGCUCAAGCACCAGGCAUUCAUGGCGGAGCUGGCCUCCAACAAGGAGUGGCUGGAGAAGAUCAAGAAGGACGGCGAAGCGCUGGUGACGGAGAAAGCCCGAGACGGAGCCCGUCGUGCGCCGGGAGCUCGCCGAGCUGCAGCGGCUGUGGCGUGAGCUCGAGUCUACCACGCAGGCCAAGGCGCAGCGCCUCUUCGACGCCAACAAGGCGGAGCUGUUCACGCAGAGCUGUGCCGACCUCGACAAGUGGAUCGGCGAGCUCGAGUCGCACACAGCAGUCGGACGAGUACGGGAAGGACCUCACCGGCGUCAACAUCCUGCUCAAGAAGCACCAGAUGAUCGAGAACCAGAUGGAGGUGCGCAAGCGCGAGGUGGAGGAGCUGCAGACGCAGGCGUCGGCGCUGCGCCAGGAGGGCCAGGGCUCCGACGAAGCGGACGGCCUGGAGCGCGUGGUGGUGGUGAGGCUCCACCAGGUCAUGCAGCCCCUGCAGCAGCGGAAGGGCAAGCUGCUCGCAUCCAAGGAGGUCCACCAGUUCAACCGCGACUUGGAGGACGAGAUUCUCUGGAUAGAUGAUCACAUGCCCCUGGCGUCGUCGACCGACCACGGGCACAACCUCCAGACCGUGCAGCUGCUCAUGAAGAAAAACCAGACCCUGCAGAAGGAGAUGCAGGGCCACGAGCCGUGGGUGCACGACGUGUGCGAGCGCGGGGAGCGGCUGGCGGCGGACGGCGGGCCCGACGCGGCCGAGGUGCGCGAGCGCAUCGGCACGCUGCGCGACCUCUGGGCCAGGCUGGCGACGGAGGCCGAGCGGCGGCAGGGCCGCCUGCAGGAGGCCCUGCAGGCGCAGCAGUACUACUUCGACGCGGCCGAGGCGGAGGCGUGGAUGAGCGAGCAGGAGCUGUACAUGAUGGGCGACGAGAAGGCCAAGGACGAGCAGAGCGCCGUGGCCAUGCUCAAGAAGCACCAGAACUUGGAGCAGGCCGUGGAGGACUACGCAGAGAACGUGCACCAGCUGUCGGAGAUCUCGCGGAGACUCAUCUCCGACGGGCACCCCGAGAGCGAGCGAAUCGGGCUGCGGCAGUCGCAAGUGGACCGGCUGUACGCGGGCCUCAAGGACCUGGCGGAAGAGCGGCGCGGCCGCCUGGAGGAGUGGCAGAAGCUGUUCGUGCUCAACCGCGAGGUGGACGACCUGGAGCAGUGGAUCGCCGAGCGCGAGGUGGUGGCCGGCUCGCACGAGCUCGGCCAGGACUACGACCACGUGACGAUGCUGCAGGACCGCUUCCGCGUGUUCGCACGCGACACGGUACUCAUCGGCCAGGAGCGCGUGCAGGCCGCCAACGAGAUGGUGGACGAGAUGAUCGACGGCGGCCACCCCGACGCCGCCUCCAUCGCCGAUUGGAAGGACGGCCUCAACGAGGCGUGGGCCGACCUCCUGGAGCUCAUCGACACUCGCACGCAGGUGCUGGCGGCGUCGUUCGAGCUGCACCGCUUCCUGCAGCAGGCGCGCGAGGUGCUCGGCCGCGUCACCGAGAAGCACCAGCAGCUGUCGGACGACCUGGGCCGCGACCAGCACUCGGUGGAGAGCCUCCAGCGCGUGCACACCGCCUUCGAGCACGACAUCCAGACGCUCGGCUCGCAGGUGAAGCAGAUCGAGGAGGACGCGGCGCGGCUGCAGACGGCGUACGCGGGCGAGAAGGCGGAGGACAUCGCGCGGCGCGAGCGCGAGGUGGCGGAGGCGUGGCGGGCGCUGCUGGACGCGUGCGGCGAGCGGCGCGUGCGCCUCGUGGACACGGCGGACAAGCUGCGCUUCUUCCGCAUGGUGCGCGACCUCCUGCUCUGGAUGGAGGGCGUGCGGCGACAGAUCGACGCGCAGGAGAGCCCCCGGGAUGUGUCGUCCGUGGAGCUGCUCAUGAACAGCCACCAGGGCAUCAAGGCCGAGAUCGACACCCGCAACGACAGCUUCGCCGCCUGCGUCGAGUUGGGCCAGGCGCUGCUGCAGCGCCAGCACUUCGCUUCCGCAGAGAUCAGUGAGAAACUGAUGGAGCUGACGGAGAAGAGGAAGGAGAUGAUUGACAAGUGGGAGGAGCGAUGGGAGUGGCUCAAGCUCAUCCUGGAGGUGCACCAGUUUGCCCGCGACGCGUCUGUGGCCGAGACGUGGCUGCUGAGCCAGGAGCCGUACCUGUCGAGCCGCGAGCUUGGCCUCAGCGUGGACGACGUGGAGAAGCUCAUCAAGCGGCACGAGGCCUUCGACAAGUCGGCGCUCACUUGGGACGAGCGCUUCGGGGCGCUGCAGAAACUCACGACGCUGGAGCUGCUGGAGUUGCGUCGUCGGCAGGAGGAGGAGGAUGACCUGGAGAGGAAGAGACUCUCACCUCCUCAACCCAGCGAGGAAUUCCAGACCAGAGAAGCUGGAGAUGCGCAUGCCGUGCAAAACGGAGUCGCGGCGGUCGAAGUCGAGUCGGCAAAGGCGGCCGCGGAAGGUGCGGACGGUCUGGCGAACGGCUCCGAAGGCCGGGCGCGGAGGGCGAGGGAGAGCCCCCCGCCGCCAUCGCCCGAGGGGGAGAGGAGGGGCCUCGCGUCGCCGCCGCUGGCGCCGCACACCUCGGCGAGCCUCCCGGCCAAGCCCAGCGAGGUGCUCAUGCUGCCCACGGAGGGCUUCCUGCACCGCAAGCACGAGUGGGAGGCGAGCAACAAGAAGGCCAACAGCAGGUCAUGGAACAACGUGUACUGCGUGCUGAGCACCGGUCAGAUCGCUUUCUACAAGGACCCCAAGAGCGCCGGCACGGGGGUCACGUUUCACAGCGAGAUCCCCCUACCUCUGUCGGGCUCCUCGUGCGAGGUGGCAUCCGACUACAAGAAGCGCAAGCAUGUCUUCAAGCUGCGGCUCGAGGAUGGAAAUGAAUUCCUGUUCCAAGCCAAGGAUGAUGACGAGAUGAACGGCUGGAUCAACAGCGUGAGCACUGCCAUCGUCGGGGUGCCGGCGGAGGCGAGCGGCGGCGCCGGCGGCGGCGGUGGCGGCGGCGACGGUGCAGGCGACGUGGCACGGGCGCAGACGCUGCCUGCGACGGCCGUGAGCGGCGCCGGCGACGCCAGCCCCGGCAAGCGCGAGAAGGACAAGGAAAAGCGCUUCAGCCUGUUCGGCAAGAAAAAAUGAAAAUAAAACGGAUUGUACAAACCCACACCCACCCACCGGCCCACCAACCCCUGACCCCCACUCAUCCCCCCUCACCCCUGCCCCCAUAAUGACGGUGCUCUCUGUGUAACGCGCGCACUCGGGACGUUUCACGCUGCACUGCACGCCGGGCGCGCUGUAAAUCACCGCAAGCCGGCAAGAGAAAAAAAAAACUUCCCAGUCGGCCGCGAAAAAAAAAAGCCAAAUUAUUAUCGUUUUUUUUCUAAGUUUUUAUUCAUCAAAACACUCUGGUGGGACGCGGCUAACGGUGACUGUGUGUGGGGGAGGGCCUCGAGGGUGGCGCGCCCGUGAGAUGCCUUACAGUGACGGUCGCGCAUCUGCCCCUGCGGCGUUGUUUUGUUUGUGCUUCGCGCUGCUCCCCGUGUUUUGUCCACCGCCUCGAGCGCCGAUGGCGACGUCCUCGCCCCCACGUGCCACCCCUCCGUCCUCCUCCGUCUUCCGUCGAUGAUUCCUCCGUUGAGCCCUGGCGCAUUAUUUUCACGCCUGCCCCUCCCCCCGUACACCUGCGCGCGUACCCACGUACGUGCGUGCGCGUGUUUAACCCUCGUGCCUACCUACGUGCCCCUUGCGGCCAAACGUGGAUGGCGGUUCGAAGGCACCGCGGAUGCCCCCCGCCCUGCUUUGAUUGCGCCGACUCCCGCGGUUCGCCGCCGACUCCCGUGCGCGCUGGCGAGGUCGGGAUUUGAGCUUGGCGGCGAUCGUCCUGUGGCUCAGUCUGCCCCCUCCUGUAGGCGCUCCCCGGUGAAGUCAGCUGCACUUGGGGGAGAUUCUCUCCUACGCUGUCCGUUGAGGGGAAAGGGGGCCCUCCUUCUCUCCGAAGCGGUCGCUCGGUUUGGGGAAACCUUGACCAAUCCCGAUCUCUUACUCACUCCCGGCCUUCCCCAGGUCCGUUACAAGCUCCUGCACGAGGUUGAGUCGGCGGCCGAGUGAAACGACAACAACGACAAAAAAGCGCGCGUGUGCGUGUGCGCAUGUGCGCGUGUAUGUGCGCGUUUGAUGCAAUUUUGUUAACUCUGAGCUUUGUCCAAAUUGGGUCACAGAUUGUGGCAGUUGGCACAGAGAGAGGAUGCAGCGUGUUUCAGUGUGGUGCUCUGAGCAGAUGGCAGUGUCGCUGUCCACACAGUUUUUGCGCUGCCGUCGAUGUGUACAGGACUUUUCCCUUUUAUGUUUGGGUUUUUUUCUUGUUUUUGUGCCAGAAGUGUGCGACGAUGUAGAUACAAAAUGACUGGAAGACGAUGGCAGGGGGCGGGGAAGCUCGCGGGGAGAUUUGAGACGAGAGAAGGUGUAGGAUGUGUACAGGAAAGUGGAAUUUGUGAUCUGUGUUGGGUCGAUUGAAUGUGGAUUAAGAGAAUAGCUGUGUGUCAUGAAGAUGCACAAGUUAGACCGGAAAGCUUUCGAAGGUGUUUUUUUUUAUACAAAUGUUUUUAAAAGCAUAUUGCCUAUAUUAGAGUAGGCGAUAAGCCAAACUGAACAGCUCUCAAUUGCGUUAGAGCAUUGCUUUUCGAACUUAAUGGCCGGGAGUUCGUAUUCUUUUUUUGCACCAUUUAAUCUUUUGAAGGGCCCCGUGUAUUUCCCCUUUAAUUUGUUUGACUUUUAUUCUCAAGACUGAACUCUCCUCUUGAGUAUGAUUAGUGUGUGCGUGUGCCUGAGCCCUGUGCCUCUUGAUUUAUACCUUUGAACUGGCAGGUUGGUGGAAUUGCGACGCAUGGAAAUAUAAAUAUUUUAUUCUGCGUAGCCGUGAAAUAUCUCGAGUCUCACGAAGGGGCGGCUGGGGGCGGCAGGGCAUCUAACAUCGCCCUGAUGUCGCCACGGUGGCGAGAUGUUAACUACCUCGCCUGGUAUACAGGAGGUUGUGAGUUCGAUCCCGGACCCAGACGCCUGUUGUAUAUUUGGAGUUGGCAUCGUUCUCUCCGUGGUCGCGUGGACUUUUCUCGGGUCCCUCUGGGUGUUCCCUCCACGUUCAGAUCAACACGCGUUUAGAACAAUUGGCUGCUAUGAAUGUCCACAUGGUGGUAAGCCACUUCAUCGAGCUAUCAUUCGUGAUCGCCAGGUCACUUCUGAGAAAGUGCUACAUAGCUCAGGUGGGUCUUCUUUCCUGAUAAAAUAUUUGAGAUUGAUGACAACAACACGAGUGGGAACCACGCGAUUAUCUUCGCGCCCCGCUCGACACGAGGAGAAGGAACGUCCUGGGAUUGUACACAUACUUGCCGAGGGCUCGCACACUACAACGCUUGGCGAUGGGCCAGCGGCGGCCGCUCGUUUUAUCAUCCCCGUUCGUGUAGAGCUUCAAGUCUUCUCUCUCCGCUUGAGUGUGGCCGCCGCCGCCGCCUUUCGGUCCGACGCUCGCAGUGCGCCAUCGACUGCAGCGCUCGUCGAGAAACGGUCGCCCUCUUCGCCGCCCUCGCAUUUGCUGUCGUCGUUUUCACUCGUGCCGUAUCAUUGCCGUUUACUGUUCACGUUAGCGUUGGGGUUUUUUUUUAUUUUUUAAACGGACGUCAAGUUUUAUUGCUGCAUGUUCCUCUGAUUUGUCUUCACGGGGCAGCGUCCCGGAAUGUCUGUGUCCGUGCGUCGCACGCGGACGCGCGGACGUUAACGCUCGCAGGCCGCCGACUGAUAUCCCACCGGACACAUCGCCGACGUGUAUGUACGCAUGUUUGAACUUAUUUCGCACCGUACGUAGCCAGCCGCGUUAAUCGGAGGUGUGGAAUAUCCCACCACAGCCACAUUGAUAUCACACCAGAACGAUACUGAUAUCCCCAUAGAACACCACCGAUAUGUCAACAUAACCACGCUGUUAUGCAACCACAAGAUCACCGAUAUCCCACCAGAACCUCAUCAACAUCCCACCAGGACAUCACACUCAGAUGCAAGCCCUCCAAGUGAAAGUGCGGCCGUGUUAUUUUAUUCUUCCAGUAAACUGACCACUUUAGUUUCACAGAGCGGUGAUGUUAUAAAGGUAUAUGUAUUAACUUAGAUAAAUAUAUUAAAUGUGAAGGAAUUUAUUAAACACAGUACUCAAUAUUUUUUUUGUUGGGAUAGUGGGGUGUGGUUAGGGGGUAGACACUCUGCAGAGCUUUAGUAGAGGGGGGGAGGGCUAGGUUACUUGCUUUAUGGAUGGCCGAAUGCUAAGAAGAUAUUGCCUUGUAUGCCUGCUUGCUUGCUCGCUUAUCGACUCAACAAAAUAUAUAUAUAGAGAUAUAACAACAACAACAAACCACAACCGUUUCUUUUUUGUAAUUAUGUCGGUGAGAAUGUUGGGGAGCGAUGCCCGACCCGGCGACCCAGAGCGCAGCGCUCGCCGGCGUCAUGUCUCACCAACCAGGCGGCUCCGUCCGGCUCUCUCCUUACUCACGGUGGGACGGAUCGCUUUGAAAAAAAGAGAGAGAGGAGAGAGAGUGUGUGUGUGUAAGUGGGAGAGAGAAAAAAACUCACGGGGCUGCCGAAUUAUUUCCAAAGCUCACGAAGCGGCUCGCUGCAGGAUGAUGAUGCCCGCUUGCCGCUGCCACGAAAACCUUCCUGACACUUGCACGCGUCUCUCUACAAAGCCGCUAGCAGCGGGGAGCGGUGGCGCAGCGGUUAGCGCGCUGCGCUACGAACCCGUGCGUACCCGAGUUUGAUUCCCGCUCGCGGCCAACAUCGGGGACGAAACAUCUGAACCGGUCCCUUGUCUCUCCCAGGUCGACUCGGUCUCAAAUGAGUACCUGGUGUAGCGGUGUGCAGUCAACGUCUGGUUGCGAUGUGUAAACAUCGCCACUGGGGAGACAAAGGCGGCCUGGCGUGGUGUUGGCAGCCAUCCCGCUCGUGUGCCGUGCCGGCCUUAAUAGGUGCUCGCUAACCGCACUUGCCCCAACAGUCUGUUAAAGGCUAUACUGAGUGGGGGUGGGGGGGGGAUCUUUGUCUAAGGUCUGCCCAAUAACUCGCAGAGCGACUGCAUGCUCAACGCACACCACGGAUGAUGUAUCGUGACACGCGCGUGAAGUGUGUUGGACAGUGGGCGAAGAGAUGAGGAUGUGAAAUGAAACAAACAUAGGAAUGAUAGCGGUGCUUAGGUAAUGCUAACGACACACACACACGCACUCAUAACCUACUAAGCAAAAGGGUGGUAGUAUAUUUAAGCAAGCUGUUCCAUUAUGCAUGGUAUUGGGCUUUUAGCUAUUACAAGUUUUCCCAGGUAGGACGUUUAGGCCGACAACAAAUAACUUUUUUCUCUUUGAAAAAGACGUCUCACUCUCGCUAUUGUUUCAUUCCCUCGUUCUCUCUCCCACUGCCCCUGCCCCCCAACCCCCGGGUGUCUCCCGAGUGGUGCGCGCUCGGGGCCACAUCGGUCUGUGAGCUCAUCCCAGACACGCGCGUGUCGCGUUGAGAACGCGGGGAGCUGCGCGCUUGUUAAAAGGGGGGAACGCGUGCCCUGCUGGAAUCGUCAUCCGAGCCGUACCGAGCAUUCGAAUGCGGCGAGUGAUGAACACCAGCGAGAGUAAAAAUGUUGACUGAAAACUUUCGUGACUCGCAGGGAUUCAUAUUCUUGGUUCUUUCGGUAAAGUCAUGUAGUUAGAAGAAAAAAGAAAAUUAAAAAUUAAAUCAGAAAAAAACCCACGGCAUCGCUUGUGUUGCGAUCGAAACGUCGUGGGAUUUUUGCUUUUUAAAUUGAUGUUUUAUUUUAUAUUUUUUAUUUUCUAUCUACGUGACUUUACCGAAAGAACCAAGAAUACCAGCGAGAUUCGUCACUUCCAACCCAGGCGCCCCCCCCCCCCUCCAUUUUUUGUAAUGCGAAGCACGCGGAGGCAUUUCAAACAUUCUCCGCAUUUGUAAAACCGGGGGGGCGAUGAGUGGUUGAGGUCGACAUUCUCAAUCUGGUCACAGGAAUCGGGAGAUGAAUUUGACAUUUUAAACGCGCAAUAGUGGCGUGGGCAGCGUUGACCCCCCCCCCCCCACUCCCUUUCUCCCGUCGGGAUGAGCUGACGGAAUGAGCGCUGACAAAAACUGGAAGCCCCUCCUGUACGUGUAUACUUACUACCCUUUGAGCCUAAUAAAGCAUUACCAUUAUGUA